AUGGCCGAAGAAGGUUAUGACUCGUUCGACGAUGAAAUUAUUAUAACAACUCCUAGUGUGAUCGACUUUCACAACAGCUCAGAGGACUCUUUUCCGCCAACCCCUCCUCCAGUUGAUGGUAGUCAAGCUUCGCCUGAUCGUGCUGCUCCUAUGGAUGACGACGAUGAUUGUAGUGAUCCGCCGCCUACCCCGCCUCCUGCUUCAACUCGUAAAAGAAAGCCCAUAGUAGAGAGUGACGAUGAUGAAGUGAACGAUCAAAAUCUGCCGCCAACUCCUCCGCCAGCUGAAUAUGAGCUCCCUAAGUCGAUGCACCUCGGAUCCGCUAUUCGAUCUCGUGAUGGUACAUUUCUGAGCGAUUCACCUUCUCAGAAGGCUCUCCAGCUAUUGAAGCAUUACUUUGGUCACUCAUCGUUUCGUCCUAAGCAGUGGGACAUCGUGAGAAACGCCUUGGAAGGCAAGGACCAACUGGUGUUGAUGUCUACUGGAUACGGGAAAAGUGUGUGCUAUCAGUUGCCGGGUUUGAUGUCUUCAUCCUUGACAUUGGUGAUAUCACCUCUUAUAUCUUUGAUGAACGAUCAAGUGAUGGGCCUA